CACAACGGCAGCAGACCCAUCCUCACAGACCACAGCUCCAAAUGCUACAACCACACAAGCCUCAGCUCCACAGAUUACAGCCCAGCAAUCUACAGCACAAACCAUGGAAGCAACAGUUCCACUUGUGACACCAGCCCCAGCAACAGCCACACAAGCUAGCCCUGCACCACCUCCAGCAUCACCCUCUCAGAGAUACACUGAACCUGUUGCAGAGAAAUAUAUAAUGGAUGCCUGGGCUGGAAAGAGUCCUCACGUUCUACUCUCCAAAAUUGGUGCUUACAAAUUAUUCUACUGGGAUAUCCAACAAAUUGGUCCGGACAUGGAGUUGGAAAGUGAGUCUAUUAAUGCAUAUCUUGCGAUCAUGGUGAGACAAUGCAAUCGCCAUAAUUCAGCCAAAGCAGCAUUCAUUGAUUCAUUUUCAAUGACUGCCAUUUGGAAGAGAAAAGCUCCAAGACUCAAGAUCAAACCCAUGGAGCAUGAAGUGAUUCUGGGAAUUGUAAAUGAACAUCAUCACUGGACAUUAGUGGUCAUUUACCCACAAGAAAAGAAGUCGCUGUAUCUUGAUCCACUCGGAGAAACUAAACAAGGUAUCCAAAAUUGUUUGGAAUCAACAAGGGCAUUCAUGCGAAAAAAAGGAUGCAACGUCUCAAGAUGGACUUGUGACACAGUCAAACACCCAAAACAAUUGGACGCUACCUCAUGUGGAGUCUUUGCAUUGAAAUUUGCUGAAAAGAUCUUGCAAAAAGAGUCAAUAGACUUUCCGUCUACAAAAAAGGCCAUAAACACACACAGGCUGCAAAUUGCCACCACUCUCCUCCUAGAGACAGAUGACUUGACAAACAUCUGUCUUUUCUGCGGCGAAGAAGAGCAUGAAACUGACAACAAAUGGAUUCAGUGUGAGAUGUGUUUGCGGUGGUUCCACCAGCUCUGCGUGAAAAGCCCACCACCAGAAGACGUGUUUAUUUGUUUCGCUUGUACAUAGUUGACACUAAAGGUGCACAGCUAGUGUUCUUAUGGCACACAUUGUUGAGAACACACAUAUCGACAUAUAUAUAUAUGUAGAUGUUAAAUUAAGAAGUCUAAAAAAAGAAAAUGGUCUCCAAAGUUACUGUAGUUAUUAGUUAUACUGUGAUUUAUUUUGCAAAUAAACUCUUUCGUGAUAGCAA